CUUUAUUAUACUAGGUACGUAGUAGGAGUAUAACUAAUCGAUCGAAAACGAGAAAACACAUGAUGAUAUGGUAUAGUGGAGGGGUUUAAAACGAAAAAAGGAUGAGAGGAGCAUCCCUGGUGAUCUUCAUCUUCCUCAUUGGAGUUCUCUCCACAUGCAUUCUUAAUUCCUUCUUUACCAUAUAUCUGGCCUUCUUCCACUACUUCUCCUCCUCUUUUUAUCCUUAUUAUCGUAAGACGCCGGAAAGUAGUUGUAGCAGCAGUAGUAGUUCUUCAUUUUCAUUAUCAUCAUCAUCAGCCACGUGUCCAGAUUACUUCCGUUGGAUCCAUAAAGAUCUGGGGCCGUGGAGGGAGACGGGAAUCACCAGAGAAAUGGUGAGCAAGGGCAUACCGGCGGCAACUUUCCGGCUGGCCAUAGUGAACGGAAGUGCGUAUAUCAGGGGCUACCGCAAGUCGUUUCAAAGCAGAGACUUAUUCACCGUCUGGGGUAUUUUGCAGCUGUUGCGGAGGUAUCAAAUACCCGAUUUGGAGCUUUUGUUUAACUGCGAAGACGAACCCGCCGUGACCAUCGGUCGUCCGAAUGGCACUGCAGUUGUCGAACUCCCGCCGCCGCCGCCAGUACCGCCAUUGUUUGGCUACUGCACCAGUGAUUCAACUUUGGAUAUUCCUUUCCCAGAUUGGUCCUUUUGGGGAUGGCCAGAAUUAAAUAUUAGGUCAUGGGAAGGAAUGUCAAAGGAAUUGCAAGAAGGGAAUAAGAGGACAAAAUGGGUGGAGAGGGAACCGUAUGCAUACUGGAAGGGAAAUCCUUCCGUUUCUAAAAGUAGGACGGAUUUGGUGUUUAAAUGCAAUGCCUCAUCACCAUCCCAUGAUUGGGGUGCUCGCCUAUUUGCUCAGAAUUGGACCAGGGAGGAACACGAAGGAUUCAGUAGCUCCAACUUAGCUAGUCAGUGCACUCACCGGUACAAGAUAUACAUUGAAGGAAGGACGUGGUCAGUGAGUGAGAAGUACAUAUUGGCGUGCAACUCUCCAACUUUGCUGGUGAAGCCAAACUACAUGGAUUUCUUUAGCAGAGGGUUGGUGGCAAUGAAACACUAUUGGCCGAUAAGGGAUGACGGGGAGAAAUGCAGAUCGAUAAAGGAUGUUGUUUAUUGGGGAA